CAGGAAGCACCAGCCAGCCUAGCAAGGGGCUGUCCUGGUUGGCACCAUGCCUUCCCAGAACACUGCUGGCCUCUCCCCGGCCCGGGGCAGCCCAGCCUUCCGGGAGAUGGAGCCCAAGGACCAACAGCUCAUGGUGGCGCUUCGGAUCCGCCCACUCAGUGAGGCUGAGCUGGAGGAAGGAGCCACCAUCAUUGCCCACAAAGUAGGGAACCAGGCGGUUGUGCUCAUGGACCCUGUAGAGGACCCUGAGGACCCUCUGCGUGCGCACCGGUCCCGGGAGCGCACCUUUAUCUUUGACAGAGUUUUUGACCAGCAUGCGUCACAGGAAGAUGUGUACUCUGCUACCAUCCAGCAUCUAGUGGAGGGUGUCAUUUCUGGAUACAAUGCAACGGUGUUUGCCUAUGGUCCCUCAGGUGCAGGGAAGACCCACACCAUGCUGGGCAUGGACGCGGAGCCUGGCAUAUAUCUGCAGACCCUCACUGACCUCUUCCAGGCUAUUGAGGAGACCCAGGACAACAUGGACUACAGAGUGUCCAUGUCUUACCUUGAGAUUUAUAAUGAAGUGAUCCGGGACCUCCUGAACCCAUCCUCAGGUUUUCUGGACCUGAGAGAAGACUCUAAGGGAAGCAUCCAGAUUGCAGGCAUCACAGAGGUCUCCACCUUGAAUGCCCAAGAGAUCAUGCAGCUCCUCACCAGGGGCAACCGGCAGCGCACACAGGAGCCCACAGCCACCAACAAGACGUCCUCGCGUUCUCACGCAGUGCUGCAGGUGACGGUGCGCCAGCAACGGCAAGGCCCAGACUUGGCGGAGGAAGUGCACCUUGGCAGGCUCUUCAUGGUGGACCUGGCUGGCUCAGAGCGUGCCUCCCAGACCCAGAACCGUGACAAGAGGAUGAAGGAGGGCGCCCACAUCAACCGCUCCCUGCUGGCCCUGGGCAACUGCAUCAAUGCGCUCAGUGAGAAGGGCAGCCGCACACAGUAUGUCAACUUCCGGGACAGCAAACUCACGCGACUGCUGAAGGAUGCCCUUGGAGGGAACAGCCACACAGUGAUGAUUGCCCACAUCAGCCCAGCCAGCAGCAGCUUUGAAGAGUCUCGGACCACACUGCUCUAUGCAUACAGGGCCAAGAACAUCAAAACACGGGUCAAACGCAACCUGCUAAAUGUCUCCUACCGCAUUGCACAGUACACAGAUGUCAUCUCAGACUUGCGCAGGGAGAUCGAGCAUCUCAAAUCAAAAAUUGAGAAGCAAGAGAAGAAGAAAAGUGAACCUGACAUCCCAGAUGUUCAAGUCACAGUCACACCCCACAACACCGAAGAGGAGAGCCACUUGCAGAUGAACAAGAUCCGGGCACAGCUCAUCGGGGCCUUUAAGGAGCAGAUGGAGAUGCGGCGCAGCCUGGUGGAGCUGGAGAACACCAACCUGGAGCUGCAUGUGGACCUGUCCCGCCACCUGCUGACCAUUGCAGACUGGGAGCGAGAGAAGAGUGACCUCCACAUGCAGAGGGACCAGGGUGAGUCGGAGAAGGAUGAAGAGCUGGCAGACACUGAUGGGGAAGAUGCAUCCGCAGAGCCACAUGAGGUGGCUGUGGCCAGAGAGGAAGUCAACCUACUUUUAGCUGAGCAUCGGAAAACCUCAGCCCUGAAGGCCGGCCUGGAGCAGCGGCUGGCCCUCGCCAAGGAGAAAGCAUCGCAGAUGGAGACGCUGCUGCCCGCGCAGGUGACCAGCGAGGACCAGCGGGAGGUGCUGCGGUUGCUGUGCAGAGCCCAUGAGCUGGAGGUGGAGAACACAGAGCUGCGGGCUGAUGGCCUGUGCCGCAAGAGCCUGCUGUGCCAGAAGGACCUGGUGAUCCAGCGCUGCCACCAGCACCGACGGCUCUGCGAGCAGCUCAUCCAGGGGCAGCGGCAGUUGAUGCAGGAUAGUGGCAUACAGGUACCAGAGGCCCUGGAGAGGCAGUACCAGCUGUACUUCCAGGAGCUGGGAGAGGGCACCCUGGACCACUUACUGCUGCUGCACUGCGGGAUGGCCAGCUCCCUGCAGGAUGCCUCUGUUCUGAAUAUACCGUCUCUGCCGGAGGAGGCCAGUGGAGACCAGCAUGGGGACAGGAAAAACCUCCCGUGGGGCCUCCAGUCUGAUCUGCUCCCAAUGCUUCUGGAGAGAGACAGUCACGGUAACAAGUCGUCAAAAGCCACACCAUCGAGAAGGCCAGGCCGGAAGGACUCUCUCCUCCCUCCCCGGCCUCUUCGCACCCUGCUGACUCCGCCCAUGCUGGAGAAACCGAGCACCCUGACCAUGAAAAGCCUCAUCUCCAAGAUAAACCCCCCAGCUGGUCUGGAGUUGGGCACCCCAUGGCUAGAGGGGAAGGCUGGCAGCCCAGCCCUGAGUGCCCAGGCCCUCAAGGAAAUGGCUCUGGGUACCAAGAGCAUUGCCCGAAUCGCGGCCACCCGGCGCUUCAAGGCACAGGACCAAGAGGGCAGCAGCAGUGGCUCCUCCCGCCACCUCCUGGAGGAGGCGGCCCUGGACUCCAGGGACCCAAAGCCCAGGGCCACCCCAGACCCCAGCCCUGCAGACAAGAGGUGGCUCCCUGCCAGCCCAGGCAGGGACCACUGCAUGGAAAGGAAGGCCAGGAGAAAGCGAUCGCCAUCUGUUACCUACAGCGUGCAACCGGUGAUGGAGAAACCUCUCCUCUCUGUAGAGCAUUUAGCUGAGAGCCAGCUGCCGCCUGGACACUUCCAGCCAUCAAAGUCAACAGGAAAGAACUUCUUCCCAGCUGUCCCUGCCACCUCCAAGAUAAAACCCACUCUCAGUUUUCACACAGAUGAAGCCGCACUGCAUGUUCCAGAAGUCAGCUUCACCUUCCCCAGCCCCACAUGGCAGAACAGUUCAGGCCCCAGCAGGGCGGCCCUCCUGCCCCGGGACCUUCGAGGGUCUGCAGACAGCGGAGGCCAACACCACAGCCCAUUGCCCCCCAGCAACCCCUAUGGGCGCCGGGGUGGCAGUGCCAAGAGACCAAGAAGACCGAGGUAGUUGGUGGCUGGUGGAGUAGGCAUACAGGGGCCAGGAGCCAACCCUGCCCAGAGGCUGGAUGGGUGAGAUGGGCUGUGGCCGGAACACGUCAGGGUAGCCCUCACACCACCCCAGGGCCGCCUCACGAGGAUGGAGCCAUGCUGUGGAGGCCCAGCCCUGACCAAGGUCCCUCCCAGGAAGCCCCCACUGAGGAUGCUCUUCAGGGACCACUCCACCUCCAGGGUCUGCUCUGGGAGGGUGCUGUCUGGGUUUGGGGGUGCUCCAGCCAUUAGACCUGGGCUGCAGAGGCCCUGGGGAUGCCUGAGCCACAGGAGGUGGGAAGUGAGCUCCCUGGUUUGGAGCUGUGCAUGCAGGUGAGCCCUGAUGUUAAGAGUGAGCAUCAGGUGGCAGUAGUUUGAGGACUCUCUGGCUCCUUUCAAGAACAGAUCUUACUACAGAAGGCUAGAGACCCACAUCCCACACUGGCUCUCUUUCCUGUGCUUUUGCUUGGGUUAGUGUCUUGGCCCACUCGACUUCUGUAAGAAAACAUCAUGGCUGGGUGGCUUAGGGACCACAGACGUUGGUUUCUCUCCGCUUGGGAGCUGGGAAGUCUGAAAUCAGGGUACCAUCCUGAAUGGGCUCCUGUAGGGUCUGCUUCUGGGCUGCAGACUACUGACCCUGUGCUGUCCUCACUGCUUUUAUGGGACACUAUUUCUAUUAAUGAGGGCUGCACCCUGCUAACCUAACUGCCAUCACUUUGAGAUUAGGUUUCAGCAGGCAAAUUUGGGAAAAUACAAGCAUUUCACCCACUGCAAUUGUUCUGUGUGUACUUCUGGUGUUUGGGUAUAGCCAGCCCAGAGGUUCCUUCCUAGAGGUUCCCAAGCUUCCUGUCCACACCUCUGAGUAAUCCUCAGCACAUGGAACAGGAGGUCCUUGAGAGCCCCUCAGCCAGGGCCCAGCUCUACCCGCUUUGGCCUUUGGGGACCCACAUGGGAACUGGCCCUGAGUCCCCUUGCCUUCUCCUUGGGGGCUCCAGUUGCCUCCAGAGUAAAAUGUAGCCCCACAGCAUGGGGUCACAUCAGCCACUAGCAGAGUAAAGCAGGAGGCAGAGAGGGUUUGGUGGGACUGAGGUGUGGGGUGAGGUGCAGAGUUACAGAGGCAAGAGGGCCAGCCCAAGGCUGGCUGCUGGGUGACGGCCUCAGUACUCAGGCCUGGGUUCCUGUUACUUUGUUACCCCACCACGCCUCCAGGAUGCUGGAGACAAGCACUGCAGAGCUGCGUGUAGGGCUGGGGUGCGGAGCACUGGGUGUGCCAUUAAUAGGGGCCUCUAUCCUCUUUUUCUGGAAAGGAGGUGGCAUCUCCAAUUUGUACACCUCUUCUUUCUCUUUUUUACCCUUUCAGUCCCGUAGCAACUGGAGCCUAGGAGUAGUUGGCUCUCUCAGCUUCCUCUGUCAGCCAGAGCUAAGGAUUCUUAGCCCAUCUGCUGCUCAAGCCACAGUUAUUUCUAAUUUCCCUCUGUUGCAACCCUGGUUACAAAAGCAGAGGCUGUUAUGACUACUAGCGGAGGCUGGGAGGGACAUAGAAACACCUCAAACUGAAACAUAAACGGAGGAACUAGGGUGCAGCUCAGUAGUGGAUGGGGUGGGAGUGUCUGGCUGAGCCAGGCUGUGGCUAGCCCUGAGGAGGUCACACUUCACCCGGGGGUCAGGUGGAGGGCACUAAAGGUGAGGGAUGCAGCCAGUGGGACAGGAUCGGAAGGGGCCUGGAGGAGAAGAGCUUCACCACUGUGGGCACCUCCAGGGCAGAGGUGGGCUUGAUCCCACCAAGGCAGCCACGUGGCUAUCAUACAGCCUGCUGGGGAGCCCUGAUUUGAAUUCUGGUCCUGACUUUGACACUCACAUGACUGUGUGCCUUCCCUAGUUGGUUGACUUCUCUGAGCUCUUUCCUCCUUAUUUAUAGA